AACUCAACGCAAUAGCACCGUGAAUGUAAAUUUUGUAUUGGUGUAUUGAAUUAAGUGGAAUGGGUGUCCACAAAGAAAUAUGCGUUGGCUUAAAUAAAGGCCAUAAAGUUACAAAAAAUGUUGUAAAACAGAGACCAUCAAGAAGGAAAGGUGUCUUAACAAAACAUACCCGUUUCAUCAGAGACAUUGUCCGUGAAGUUUGUGGUUUUGCACCAUACGAAAAACGAGCAAUGGAAUUGUUAAGAGUUUCAAAAGAUAAAAGGGCGCUGAAAUUCAUCAAGAAAAGGUUGGGUACUCACUUAAGAGCAAAAAGGAAGCGUGAUGAAUUGUCCAAUGUUUUGACUGCCCAGAGAAAGGCUGCUGCCCACAGAGAAAAGGAAGGAAAAUAAAUACAUGUUGUUGAAAUAAAAGACUGUAUUUAUAUGUGA